AUGUCGUUUGUGUGUUUAGCAGACUUUCAGGCACAUGCUCGGGAGCAUCUGUCCAAGUCAACUUGGGAUUUUAUAGACGGGGGAGCUGAUGACUGCUUCACUCGGGAUGACAACAUCGCAGCAUUUAAAAGAAUCCGCCUCCGUCCCCGGUUCCUGAGAGAUGUGUCACAAGUGGACAUCAAGACCACCAUCCAAGGGGAGCAAAUCAGUGCCCCCAUUUGCAUUGCACCCACAGGUUUCCACUCCCUCGCCUGGCCUGAUGGAGAAAUGAGCACAGCCAGAGCUGCCCAAGCAGCCGACAUCUGCUACAUCACUAGCACCUUUGCCUCCUGCACCUUUGAGGAAAUUGUUACUGCUGCUCCCAGGGGCCUCCGAUGGUUCCAAGUCUACCCAUAUCCAAACCGAGAGCUAAACAAACAGCUCAUCCAGAGGGUAGAAUCCCUGGGCUUCAAAGCUUUGGUGAUGACUUUGGACGUGCCCACAAGUGGCAACAGGCGACAGGACACUAGAAACAAAUUGGACUUAAAGACGAUUUUGCUGCGGAAAGAUCUACGAUUCCCUGAAGAGAGACAUAUAGCAUCUGACCUCCAGAUGUCUCCCUUUGAUGCCUCUUUCUGCUGGAAGGAUCUGUCUUGGUUUCAGGGCAUAACUCAGUUGCCCAUCAUCCUUAAAGGGAUCUUAACAAAAGAGGAUGCAGAGCUAGCCGUGAAGCACAAUGUCCAAGGGAUCAUUGUUUCUAACCAUGGCGGGAGACAGCUUGACGACGUUGCUGCAUCGAUUGACGCCUUGACAGAGGUUGUGACUGCCGUGCAAGGGAAGAUGGAGGUAUACCUGGAUGGUGGCAUCCGUUCGGGUAAUGAUGUGUUAAAGGCCCUAGCACUAGGAGCAAAGUGUGUUUUUCUUGGCAGGCCCAUCCUGUGGGGUCUUGCCUGCAAGGGUGAACAAGGUGUUCAGGAAGUUUUGAAUAUCUUAAAAAAGGAGUUGCACACAUCCCUGACCCUUGCAGGCUGCCGUUCAGUUGCUGAGAUCAGUCAGGACCUGGUCCAGUUCUCUAGGUUGUGA